AUGGCUCGACGACCGGCUCAUUGCUACCGCUAUUGCAAGAACAAGCCGUAUCCCAAGUCUCGCUUCAACCGUGGUGUCCCCGACGCCAAGAUCAGGAUCUACGAUUUGGGCCGCAAGCGCGCAGAUAUCACUGAGUUCCCGCUAUGUGUCCACCUUGUCUCCAACGAAUACGAGCAGCUCUCCUCCGAAGCCCUCGAAGCCGCCCGUAUCUGCGCCAACAAGUACAUGGUCAAGAUCGCUGGUAAGGAAGGCUUCCACAUGCGCGUCCGCCCGCACCCGCACCACGUCGUCCGCAUCAACAAGAUGUUGUCGUGCGCCGGCGCCGAUCGUCUGCAAACCGGUAUGCGCGGUGCCUUCGGCAAGUGCUACGGCCGCGUCGCCCGCGUCAACAUCGGCCAGAUCCUGCUGUCCAUCCGCACCAAGGACGCGCACAAGCCCACCGCCAUCGAGGCCCUGCGGAGGAGCCAGUACAAGUUCCCCGGCCGCCAAAAGAUCAUCGUGAGCAAGAACUGGGGGUUCACCACGCUGCGACGGGAGGAGUUCGUGAAGAAGAUGCAGGAGGGGAAGAUCAAGCCCGAUGGCGCCUACGUCAAGUUCUUGACGAGCCGGGGGUCGAUCGCGUCGAACAUGGAGUCGUAUCCCCAGGCCUUCGAGGCUUGA